AUGUCCCUCUACCACGAAGCCGCCGAGAUACUGGUUGCCUCCUCCACCGAGGGCGGCAGUCUCAAGUCGAGGAUUUUCGGGCGCCGCAACAUCAAGUCAACACCGGGCCAACUUUACGCUCUCGUAUUUGAAACCUCUAAAUGGAGUCUGGUGCUGAAAGAAGUCAUUGAUGCCUCGGAAAUCUUAUCAAUAGAGAAAAAACUCACACCCAUUCUUUCGCUUCUGCUGGCGCAUGACUUGUUAUUAGCAAAGGGCGGCGUUGCUCUUCCCAAAACUCAUGGUCUGAGAGUAACUAUUGAGAAGCACAAGGCGCGAUUGACGUCAGAACUCACACGCGCGAGGCUGCGUCGCAAGGCGCCAACGAUGGAGGCUCUCAAGGAGCAGGUUGAUCGCGCGGCCGCCGGUGAGGAGGCGCAGAUUCCGCGCUGGGUUCGCAUUAACAGCAUUAAAACCACGAUAGAGGACCAGCUCAAGACCACCUUCAAGGGCUACGACCAAGUGACCACUAUUCAGGAGGUUCUCGCGCCGUCUACGACGCCCACGGGUGUCAAGCAACGCCGGAUCCUCAUCGACCCGCACAUUCCCAAUCUCGUGGCCAUUACGCACGGCAUUGACUUGUCGAAGACGGAAGCUUACCUAUCCGGCAAAAUCAUCUUCCAAGACAAGGCCUCCUGCUUUCCUGCCUACCUCCUCGAUCCGCUCCCCGAGGAUGGUGACAUCGUAGAUGGCUGUGCAGCACCGGGCAACAAGACGACGCACUUGGCCGCUAUUUGCCAUGCCAGGAGGCCCGAUUUUGAGACGUCAGAUGCCCAAAAGAUUUUUGCGUUUGAAAAGGACAAGCGUCGCUCGCAGACCCUGACGAAAAUGGUCAAGAUUGCCGGUUCCCAGGGCUGGACGAGGGUUGGCUUUGGGCAGGACUUUUGCCAGGUCGACCCGACGGGGACGCAGUUUGCCAAGGUAGGUGCGCUUCUAUUGGAUCCGAGUUGCUCGGGUAGCGGUAUCGUGGGCCGCGACACCAUGCCGGAGCUGCAUGUACCAGAGGCGUCACCGGCCUUGGCAUCCGGCAAGAUGGACAAAGCGAAGGGGAAGGCGACUGAUGGAAAGGAGGAAUUGAGCAAAAAGAGAAAAUUGGACGACAUAGAAGCCCACCAGAACAGCGUCAUGAUUGAUGAUGAAGGCAACGAAACAGUUGUCGACUCUGAAAAGGACCUCGAGGCACGACUACAGGCUCUUUCUGGAUUUCAGCUCAAGAUUCUAUUGCAUGCGCUCACAUUCCCGGCCGCAAAAAAGGUGACAUAUUCGACCUGCUCGAUACACUCGCAGGAAAACGAAGACGUGGUCAUGAAGGUGCUCGGAUCCGACCUUGCCCAGAGACGCGGUUGGCGCAUCAUGAGGCGCUCCGAGCAAAUACGGGGCAUGCGCGAUUGGCCGGUGCGCGGACUUAGCGAGAGCUGCGGCGGGGAUUCCGAAGUGGCCGAUGCCUGUAUUCGCUCCUACAAGGGCGACGGACACGGCGUCAUGGGCUUCUUUGUGGCCGGGUUCGUGAGGGAUGGCAGCCAAGACGAGGAGACGGACCCGGAUGGGCCGUACCUGAGGGACGAGAGCGGCCUGAUUAUGCGGGACAUGACUGGGAUGCCGUACCUGAAAAAGACGGGCAGGCCGGUCGCGUUGCUACCGAGGGACGAGAGCGAAGCGGAAGACGAGGAUGAAGAUGAGGAUGACGACGAAGAUGAAGAUGAGGAUGAAGACGAGGAGGAGGAGGCGGCCGAGAUGGACCCGGACGAGUCGUAUGUGAGGGACAAGGCGGGCCGGAUUCUUCGGGACGAUGAUGGGAUGCCGUUUUUGAAGAGAAAAAGUCAGCCGGGGGAUCUGGUGGUGGUGAGGGAAACUGAUGAGGAGGAUGAGGAUAGCGGAGAGGACGAGGAUGAGGAGGAGGAGAGCCAGGAUACUGAUAGUAGCAGGGAUGGUGGGGAGCAUGAUGAUGAUAAAGACGGAAAUGAGGACACAGAAGACUGGAGUGGAUUCGAUGAUUAA